AUGGCAGUAGAGGAACGAGAACGAAUUCCCCAUUGGCGCCUCAUACUCCACCAAGGCGUCCUGACGGACCGCAUACUCACCCACAGCUACCCCGGCUCCGGCACAGAACAAGAGCCAUAUGUCGUAAACUGGAUCGAAAAUGACGAGGGCGACCCUCGCGACCCGAUGCAAUGGCCAAGAUGGCGAAAGUGGUCCUACACCAUGCUGGUCGCGCUCGCAACAUUAGCUGUGACCUUGAUGAGCUCAGCCUACAGCGGUGGCAUUCCUAGUAUCCUGGACGAGUUCGACGUCAGCUCAGAGGUCGGCACGCUCGGUCUGUCGCUGUUCGUUCUUGGCUUUGCCAUUGGUCCAUUGCUAUGGGCGCCGCUGAGCGAGAUGUACGGGCGCCAGAUCUUGUUCUUUUUGAGUUAUGCUGGGGUUACGGCAUUUAAUGCGGGUGUUGCUGGGUCUCAGAACGUCUGGACUCUCCUUAUUUUGAGGUUCUUUGCGGGCACGAUUGGGAGCUCGCCGCUUUCUAAUGCUGGCGGCGUUAUUGCGGAUAUGUUCCCUGCUAGCGAGCGUGGACGGGCCUCGGCGAUGUUUGCAGCUGCCCCGUUCUUGGGGCCGGUGUUAGGGCCUGUUAUUGGGGGUUUCUUGGGAAUGAAUGCCGGUUGGAGAUGGGUGAUGGGCUUCCAAGCAGCAUUUUCCGGGGCUGUCUGGAUCAUCGGCUCGAUUCUUGUCCCCGAAACGUACGGUCCCGUCCUCCUUCAGAAACGAGCAGCGAGCCUGUCGAAACACACCGGCAAGGUGUAUAUAAGCGUCUAUGAACAGGGCCAGGGACAGGGCAAUAAGACCCUGGGGCAAGCUUUCAAGACCGCGCUCUCCCGCCCCUGGAUCCUACUCUUCCGCGAGCCUAUAGUCCUGCUUCUCUCCAUAUACAUCGCCAUCCUCUAUGGCACCCUAUACCUCUGCUUCGGCGCAUUUCCUAUCGUAUUCCAGCGCCAUCGCGGCUGGAACUUAGGACUCGCAGGCCUGCCCUUCCUCGGCGUGAUGAUUGGAAUGUUCGGGGCAAUUGCCUACAAUCUCCUCGACAACAAGCGCUAUAUCCGCGUACAACAGCGACACGGUGGCUUCGCACCUCCAGAAGCACGGUUACCUCCCUGCUUUGUUGGCAGCGUCGCCAUUCCCAUCAGUCUGUUUUGGUUUGCAUGGACAACAUCGCCCUCCAGUAUCCACUGGAUCGUGCCUAUCAUCGCCAUCGUCCCCUUCGGCUUCGGAAUCGUGCUCGUCUUCCUUUCCGUCAUGAACUACCUCGUUGACUCGUACACCGUCUACGCGGCGUCCGUGCUCGCAGCGAAUUCCGUCCUGAGAAGUCUGUUUGGGGCUGCAUUCCCUCUAUUCACGACGCAGAUGUACAAUGAACUCGGGACCCGGUGGGCAUCAAGUGUCCCCGCUUUUUUGGCGCUUGCUUGCGUCCCGCUCCCUCUUCUUUUCAUAAAGUAUGGUCCAGCGAUUCGGAAGAGGUGCCAGUUUGCGGCCGAGUCAGAUGCUUUUGUUAGGCAGAUGGGUGAGCGGGCUGCUAGAAAGAACGAAUCUGUUGCUGCUGCUGCUGAGGAAGGAUCUGAGCCUAAAACACCGGUCACUGAUCUUGACCUUGAGGCUGGGGCUAAAAGCCGAAGUUGA